UAUUGAUUACUUCAAAAAAAGGGGUCAAAGAUCAUAUAUUAUAAAUGAAUCCUAUUCAAUGAUUUAUUAUAUAAUAGUUAUAUGACAUUACAUUUACAUUUAGUUUAUCUUACAAGGGAAAUUACAUAAAUUGUGUUAUUCGAGUGUCUCUCAGUGUACAUCUCUUAGAUUCAAAAUAAGAAUAACUUUUAAUGAAACAAUCAAAAUGAAUGAAAUCUUCACAGCAUCUAUUGGUGAGACACAGACUAUCCAAAAAUCAAUCAACAACUUGGUAAAUACUAGAAACCAACAACACCAAAUCACUAUGAUAGAUGAGCAGUCACUGAAUUCUCUGCCUAUCGGAAUGAAUCUAUCCCAAGAAAUGCUAAAACUGGUCAUGGCUUUAUAUGCUCUGAAACUACCAAUUCAUUCGAUGCACAAAGAUAGUAAAGCUACUCAGACUGAAGAUCUAACAGAUACAUCACUUAUCUCAGGUUAUACUGGACUAUCAUCAAGAUGUGUGAGUAUUUCACAAAUGGCCGCCAGUAUAUUCAGUUCAGAUACAAAAAAUUCAAUGAAUGAUAGUCAACAAAAUAAAUCAUGUCCAUUUAUUCGAGUUGUAACGCAUAAAAAUGGUAUACUCGUUCAUUUAGGCCAACUGAUCAGUAUAUCUGAGGAUCAGAGAUCAUUUAUUAUGCGCAAUGUGAUUAGUUUCGAUCCGUUAAGAGUGAAUGAACGAAAAAUUUCAACAUUAAAACCAGCGGAAAUUCUUGCCCUCACUGAAUCCAAACUUCAAAGUCAACAUGGUAAAAGAGGAAAUUUAUUAUCUGAUUAUUUACAAAAUCAUAUGAUGUUUAAUGUUACAGAGAACUCAUCGUGCGAGAACAACAAGCAAGUGAAUGUAUCAGAGCAAAAACACGAGGCACUGCACGGUCCAUUACUUAUCACUCCCAGCGAUGUUUUUAUUCGUUUAAGCGAAGUACGUGAGUUAAGCAUUGUCCCAGUGAUUCGCUUUGACCACCCUAAGAAAAUGCGACAGACCAGCUUGAAGCGUGAAUUUAAAGGAGCAACUGAAGUCAAGCAAUAUGGCCUUAGUCAAGACAUCGUUAAUACAAGUAAAUUGUCAGAGAGUACAAACAAGGGGUCGGAUUCAUCAUUACAGUGUAAUGAGUCUACAGAUAUUGCCAACAGCUCGGAUAGUGUUGACCCAUGUAACAAUACUGGUCAAUUAUGUGCAGUGCUGACUGACGGCUUUUCUAAACAAACGGAAACUGACCAGAAAUGUGGCAAGAAGUCUUCAUUGAAGAAAGCAAACAACAAGAUGGAAGAGAAAGUUGAAAGAUUAGAAGAAGGAGGAGAAAAGUCAGACUCUUCGACGAAGCAUUUAAAAUUUUCCGAAAAUAGAUCUACCGCACAAAUAAAAUGCAACAACUGUAGGAAUUGUAACAACAGCCAAAGUGUCCAUCGAAAUCUACCACGACAAGUCCCGAUAGGACAGAAAGAAGUAGGUGAAGCAAAACCACUGUCUGUACACAAAACAAAAGGACGUAACAAGUCUGCAGAAGGUAGAAGGCGACGAGGACGACGUCUUCCGAACAAGCAAAGAUAUUCGGAGGGUGACGGGAAAACACAAUCUAAAUCUGUCAAUAUUUCCAGUUCAUCAUUCUUGAAAUGUCCAACAUCUACACCACAUUUAACAAAUGGUCGUUCUGAAACAUCAUCAAAAUGGUACGACGAUGGUAUUGUAUCGAUAACAAUUCAUCAGUCAUCAACAAAUUCAACUAUGAAUCAUUCACAUAGUUUAUUCAAAUCAAGACCGAGAUCCCCAGUGAAAAAUCGCAGCUUGAAAUGAAGGAAAUCCAGUUGAUGAAGAUCAGUCAUCGCUUGUAUCUCUUAAUUUAACAUUUACUCUUGGUCUGUCGAGAUUAUCAAAUGUGUUCCAUUUAUCUGAUUUUCAACAAUACAGGAGUCUGAUUAUA